AUGGAGCUCGGUCCCAGGACCCUGGGAUAAUGACCCUAGCCAAAGGCAGGCAGACACUUAACUAACUGAGCCACCCAGGUGCCCUAAUUAAUUUACUUUUCCAGCUUCUUCAACUGUGUCUCUCUGCUGGAUCCUUUCCUUUGUCAUAUCCUAGUGCAUAGUAGGUUUACAAAAGUAUUUGUUGAAUAUAACUAAUGCUAAGAAUUUAGGGCCUAGAAUUAGAGUUUGGAGUUUAAGUCCUAUUCAGUCUUACCCAGAACAAUUUAGUUGGCUUCUCUUUCCUGAUGUGUAAAGUGAAUCAAAUUAUGCCUACAUUAUGGGGCUGUUUUCAGAAUUUUACAUAAAACACCCAUAGCAUAAUAUCUGGCAAUUCCUGGACAAAAACAAGAAAGAUUCAGAAAGAUUUAAUAACAGUUAUGUCGGAAGCAGAGAAUUUGAAAAUCAGUGACAAAAGACACUAGCGAAAUAAGGAUUAGACGGUAUCAUAGUUAUUUUAGUAGAUAAAAGUAUAGUAUAGUAAUUAUAUUUGGAUCCAGGGUUAAUGGUAUUUGAUAGAAUUCUUGUUACUAUUUCCUAUUUCAAAGGAAGGCUUUUUUUUUUCAUUGUAAAGGUUGAGUAGGUUAAAUUGAGUACUAUGAGUAAAUUUUUUAAGGACUACCACAAAUUGGAUGAUUAAUUUCCAUCACAUUCUGAGGUAAGCAUUAAAUGGUGAAUGGGAGAGAAAAAAUAAAAUGAGUAACAAUUUUUUCCCUAAAAGUUAUAUAAAAAUCAAGAGAAUUUAAAAUUUCAUUUGUGCUAUUUCAUUGCAAUAAAACUCAAUAAUCAUACUAGAACUUUUUUUUUUUUAACUAUUCUCUGUCUCCUACAGGUUCUUUGGCAUGGAUAAAUUUUCAGUGAGAGGAUUAGACUUGACCGAACAGACUCCUGUUUUAUUAGAGCAUAAAGCCAUGGCAGCUAGUAUCAUGGAUACAGGAAAUUCAUUUGGUGACCCAGCUAGCCCUUUAGGUAACAGAUGUAGAAAUUCAUCAGUGGAAGAUGAUGAUGAUGUUGUAUUUAUUGAAUCUAUACAACCUCCUUCAACUUCUACUCCAGCAAUAGCUGAUCAAAGAAAUUUUAUAUUUGCUUCAUCAAGAAAUGAAAGGCAACAAGGAAAUUUUUCCAUAAUUCUUCCUUCCUCAAGAGAUUUGGCUUCUCAGAAGGGAAAUGUAAGUGAGACAAUUGUUAUCGAUGAUGAAGAGGACAUAGAAACAAAUGGAAGGGAAAAGAAAAAUUCUUCCAAUUUUAUUGAAUGGGGACUUCCUGGAACUAAAAAUAGAACCAAAGAUUUGGAUUUCUCCAUUUCCAGUCUUUCAAGAAGUAAGACCAAGACUGCAGUAGGACCUUUUAAUCCUGGUAGAAUGAAUGUGGCAGGAGAUGAAUUUCAGAAUGAAGGAUAUGCAACUCAUCAUAGUCCUGAUUCUUGGAUCUCCCAGUCAGCAUCAUUUCCCCGUAAUCAGAAACAGCCAGGGGUGGAUUCUUUAUCACCAGUGGCCUCCCUUCCUAAACAGAUUUUCCAGUCUUCAGUCCAACAGCAGCUUACAAAACCAGCUAAGAUCACUUGUGCACACUGCAAAAAACCUUUACAGAAGGGACAGACAGCUUAUCAACGAAAAGGAUCAGCUUACCUCUUUUGUUCUACCACCUGCCUUUCUUCUUUCUCCCAUAAGCGCACUCCAAAGAAACGCAACGUAAAAAGUAAAAAAGAUGUACCUACAAAAAAGGCUACUACUCUUCCUCAAGUUGAGUCAAGAGAAUCCUCCCAAGAAUUUUGUAGUAUGUCUUUGCCUCCCUGUGAAGACAACCAGAAUCUUAGAAAAAGAGUUAAUAAAUCAAGAUGUAUAAUCUGUAGUAAACUAACAGAGAUUCGCCAUGAAGUCAGCGUUAAUAAUGUAAUACAUAAACUGUGCAGUAACCAGUGCUUUAAUAAGUACAGGUUGGCCAAUGGUCUAAUAAUGAAUUGCUGUGAACAGUGUGGAGAGUACUUGCCCAGUAAAAGUGCUGGAAACAAUGUCCUGAUCAUUGAAGGUCAGCAGACAAGAUUUUGCUGCUACGGUUGUGUUAAUGAAUAUAAACAGAUGAUGGAAACAAAAUCAAAAAAUUUGUCAGCAUCAGAAAACAGAAAAAGGAAUGCUGUUAGAGAAGAAAGUGAAAGAAAAUUACAUGGACCACUGAAUAUUCUUUUAGAAAAAAAAGAGGGAAUACCAGAAAAAAAGGAAAAGACUUCAGAGCUACAGGUUUUGGCAGAAUAUAGCACAGAUACAUCAUUGAUCAAACAGGAUGUGAAUUUAUCUUCUGUGUUAACCAUAGCUGAUAAAUUUCAAGAGCCACUGGAAGAGAAAAAAUCAGAAGACUGCAUUAUAUCAGUUGUACUUUCUACAGACCCAGGUACAUGGCCCCGAAUUUUGAAUACUAAACAACGGGACAUUCUUGUUGAAAAUGAUCCACCUCAAGUAAGAAAUUUUAACUUUCCAAAAGACAAUACAGGAAGGAAAUUUUCAGAAACUUACUACACACGAAUUCUUCCAAAUGGUGAUAAAACCACUAGAUCCUGGUUACUUUAUUCGACUUCAAAAGAUUCUGUGUUUUGUUUAUAUUGUAAACUCUUUGGGGAAGGAAAAAAUCAACUGAAGAAUGAGAAUGGGUGCAAAGAUUGGCAGCAUUUAUCACAUAUUCUUAGCAAACAUGAGGAAAGUGAAAUGCAUAUCAACAAUAGUGUUAAGUAUUCAAAAUUAAAAUCUGAUUUGAAAAAAAAUAAAACUGUGGAAGCUGCAGAACAUGGAUUACAUGAGAAUGAGAAAAAUGAUGGUGUGCUGUUGUUGUACACAUAAUAUACCUGAUGUGGUUCUUGACAUAACAGGGUCUAAAAUUUAUUCGAAAAGAUCUGUACCCUAAUGGUCAGUACCAUUUUUGUUGGGAGGCUCCUAUAACUUCAACAGUUUGCAGUAAGUAUAAUAGCAAAUAAGUAGUAAAAAAUGUUUCUGUUCCAAAUUCUAAAGCUAAUUGGAUUCAGUAGUUAAUUACUGCAGAUUUCAAUAAAGGCAAUUGUUAUUUUUCAUUCUGUCAAUUCACACCUUUUAAAAUUGGCAUUUGAGGGAUAACAUUUAAUGUGUUUGGUUAAUUGUUUUGAUUACUUUGAAAGAAGGAGAAAAAGGCUUCAAUUUAUCAAUACUAGUUUGAACGGGAUACUGUAUGACUGUUCUCAUCAUUAUUAAAGUUAAAAACAUUUCAGAAACAGUUUGAGAGUAGAAUGGAAUCUGAAACUGCAGCUUUUGCUAUUAAACCAAAUACCUGUGAUUUAUUUCUUUUGGGCAAAACAUUUUUUAUUUGAGCAAAACAGCAUUAUUUGUUAUGUUAUAUUAAGGUGAUUAAUUUGCAUUUUAUUGGUCUUAAUUUAUAAAUGUUUUCACUUUUAUUGCUGUGUGAGAACUGUAAGAAUAAAGAAUGUAUACCUAUUUUUAUGUUCAUACAAAUAUAAGAAAUAUUAAAAAUAUAUGAAGUCAAUCUUUAGGUAUUGUGGCAAUUUUUUUU